UUUUCAGAUCUCCUUUAAACAACACUGAGAAGAAGAUUUUAACUCCGCCUCUUCCUCUCUGUUAAGACCAGAUGGUUAAGUGUGGUUUUCGCUUCUCAAAAAGGGAGGUAUAGAAGAGUGAAGAGGGAUGAGGCUUGAGCUGUGUCGUGUGCUGCAGCAGUGUCGCCGGGGGGUGCUGUUGGAUUUGGGGAACAGUGGGGUGCACAGCCUGGAGCUGCCAGGUUGCCUGCUGUACACUCGCUGUGGAACAGUCCCCCACCUAACCCACCACACACUUAGCACAUUGAAACACCUGCCUGCCGCCACCCAGCUGACCCUGGACUCAUUGGGGGAACACCAGGAGGUACUAGAGGAGUUCCAGGAGGGAGUCAGGAGGUUUGCAGGUCUCAAUGACACUUUACUAUUCUGUUCGCUCCAUGACUCGGCAGUACACCACCCCCCUGGAUACACCACAAACAAGACGGUGUCCGUGUGGGGUUCGGGUGGUCGGAUGGAGCUGACCGUUGCUCAGUACAUGGCGCUGCAGAAGGCUAUCAGGCCAAACUGGUACCAGAGCAUGGCCGACGGAGAGACACGGCAACUCAACCCUGCCCGCAAGAGAGUCUGCAAGGCUGUGGACCGAACACUCAGCCAUCUGGAUGAGUGCCUGUCUCUGCAUUUCAAAACAGAGGAGUUGAGCGGGGCAGAAAUAUUUGGGGUGGUGGAGGGUGGCGAUGUGUCGGAGGAGAGGGUGCGGUCGGCACGUGAGACUGCAAAGAGGCCGGUGGGUGGCUUUGUUCUGGAUGGCUUCCACACUGCGGCCAUGAGCCAAGAACUACGCAGCCAGCUCAUCACGGCAGUAGUCAAGGAACUGCCUGAGAAUAAACCCAGGAUUCUCCUGGGCGUAGGCCACCCAGAAGAAGUACUGGCAUGUGUGGAGGCUGGUAUUGACCUGUUUGAGGGCUUCUUCCCCUUCCAGGUGACAGAGCGUGGCUGUGCUCUUAGCUUCAGCUACACUCUUGACCCCAACCCAGAGAGAACCGUGUUUGAGAGAAAUGGGAGUGAAGUGGAGGAAAUUCCACAGCACAGAGAGAACGAGACCCAGGAGAACUGGGAGCAGAUGACCCGAUUUGAAAUAAAUUUGAAAGACAAGAGGUACCAGGAUGAUUUCCGCCCCCUGGUGGUCGGUUGUGGCUGCUACUGUUGCAGGAGUCACCAGCGGGCAUACCUGCACCAUCUGCUGAUGACCAAUGAGCUGCUGGCAGGAGUGCUGCUGAUGGUGCACAACCUGGAGCAUUACUGCGGUUUCUUCUGCUCCCUACGGGGGGCGCUGGAGAGUGGCCGGCUCGACGCAUUCAAGAGAAUGGUCCUUCAUGGGAGGGUUUGAGGAGUGUGUAGGGUAUACAAAACAUUAUGGUCUCUUAAAUCCAUUGAUGUCUUUUUUUUUAUUUUUUUAUUUUUUGGAAUGGCAAAUUGUAGAUCAUCACUCAAUAGUGGAUGCUAAGCUAUCAAAUAAAGACAGUACAGACAA